AUGUGUGUUUCUAAGCUCCGAUACCUGGCUAAGCUACACUCUGAAGGGUUUAUCAAAUAUGACGAUGGACAAACAUCGAAGAGACCAUCCGACCAAUCUGAAGAUGACCUGCCGGAGCUGCUAUUCUACUGCGAUCGACUACUACUGCCCAAAUGCAACGAUCCAAUGUCCUUCUCAGUGGAGAAUCAGUUCAAUGAGCUUCUCUACUCCUACAAUGGUUACUCCAGUUCUCCAUAUUUUUCUCGUCACUGUGUGACUCCAGACAUCUGUAAUGGCAGCGGAUCUGUUAACUACGGAGAUGAGAGCUGGACAAAGCUUGUGGAGUGUUGCACUUCUGACAUGUGUAACAAUGAAGGAGGUGUCAUACCCAGUGAGCCAAAUGGACUGGUGUGCUGCUUUGGAAGUAACGGUCAUUGUAAGAUGUUUGUGCCCUGCAAAGGCAUUGAGGACCACUGCUUUACUUCAGAAAACGGAUUCCUGGGAUGUGCUUCAAGCAGUGUGUGCAAGAAUCCAGGAAUAGCAAACAAAAUCUUGAAAAUUUCGAGCCCUUCACAGAUCUCCUGCUGCCAAGGCUAUCUUUGUAAUAAACCUCCCUCCGUACUGCUUUGUCACAACUGUCAGAUUACCAGUCCUUGGGAAUCUUGUGAAAACAAGUCUGACUCCAUUGUGCCCUGCGAUUCUUUGUCCUCGAUGUGCAGUUCUGGACAGGAUGGAAAUGUCACAGCAAACACAUUUGGUGAACCCAAUGGACUUGUGUGCUGCGGAGGCAAUAUUGCCGUUUGUGAAAAUCUUGUGUACUGCACGGGCAUCGAGGAAUUCUGCUUUACAGCUGGUGAGUAA